AUGGGCUCCAUCAGUGCAGCAAAUGCAGAAUUUUGCUUUGAUAUGUUCAAAGAGCUGAAAAUCCACCACGUCAAUGAAAACAUCUUCUACUCCCCCCUGAGCAUCAUUUCAGCCCUGUCCAUGGUCUAUCUGGGAGCAAGAGGCAACACCGAAUCUCAGAUGGAGAAGGUUCUUCACUUCGAUGAAAUUGCAGGACUUGGAGGAACUAUUCACUUCAAGUGUGGCAAGUCUGUGAACAUCCACAUACUGUUUAAAGAACUCCUCUCUGAUAUCACUGCACCAACAGCCAAUUAUUCGCUCCACAUUGCCAACAGACUCUAUGCUGAAAAGACACGUCCAAUCCUACCGAUAUACUUAAAAUGUGUGAAGAAACUGUACAGAGCAGGUCUGGAAACGGUCAACUUCAAAACAGCGUCAGAUCAAGCCAGACAACUCAUUAAUUCCUGGGUGGCAAAUCAGACAAAUGGACAGAUCCAAGACUUCCUUGAACCAGGCUCUGUUGACCUCAGUACUGUACUGCUGCUUGUAAAUGCCGUUUACUUCAAAGGGAUGUGGAAGAAAGCCUUCAGGGAAGAAGACACUCAGGAAGUGCUCUUCAGAGUGAUGGAGCAAGAAAGCAAACCUGUGCAAAUGAUGUGUCAGAACGGUACGUUCAAAAUGGCAGAGGUGGCUGCUGAGAAAAUAAAAGUUCUGGAGCUUCCUUACGCCAGCGGAGAGCUGAGCAUGUUGGUGCUGUUGCCUGAGGACGCCUCCAGCCUGGAGCAGCUGGAGAGCACAAUCAGCUUUGAAAAACUGGCUAAAUGGACCAGUCCCAAUAUGAUGGAAAAGAAGACAGUGAAAGUGUACCUCCCCCGCAUGAAGCUCGAGGAAAAAUAUAAUCUCACAUCGGUCUUAACGGCUUUGGGCAUGACCGACCUGUUCAGCCCAGCAGCCAAUCUGUCUGGCAUCUCUGCAGCAGAGACUCUGAAGAUGUCCGAGGCUGUCCACGAGGCAUCCAUGGAAGUCAGUGAAGCAGGCACUGAGGUGGCAGGCUCAGCAGGAGCUAUGGGAGAGAUCAAACACUCCCCUGUGUCUGCGGAGUUUAGGGCCGACCACCCGUUCCUCCUCUUGAUCAGACACAACCCAACCAACAGCAUCCUCUUCUUCGGCAGAUAUUUUUCCCCUUAA